CGCUGCUUAGAUCGGGUGGUUUUCUUUAAACCGUGGAGCAUCCUAGCAUCAGUCAAACGUAAAGCAUAAUUGUGCGGUGUUGCGUUUGCGUGAAAGUGGCGAAAAGGAGCAAUGCGAGCCAGUGUUGUUCCAGGAGUACUUUGUGUGUUUGAAUCGUGUAGCUAAACGUAUGUGCGUCCCUUCGGGUGGCGGUAGUGUGGAAAGUGUUUGAAGAAGAAAACUUACACCGUUCUGCAGCAGGAAAUCUCGACACCGUAACUGCACCAUAGGACACACGAUCAUCUUUCCAGUGUACUUGGAUUCCUUAGGUCUGUUAAAUGCGGGAUUGCAAACGGAAACAUCGGUACAGUAGUAGCAGCUGCGAGAACGAUUGAAACCGUGGAACAGGAGGUGGUCCCACAGGAGAGGAAAAUCUACCCGUAACCCCAGAGGCGCCCCCCGUCAUCAUCACCAUCAUCAUCAUCAUCGUUGCAGCAGCCGCUACAAACACCUCAACAAAGCACGAAAAUCAACCCUCACGUCAGCAGCAACCGCCGGCCGCCGCCACCAUGGGGAAGCUGCUAUCGAAAAUUUUCGGCAACAAGGAGAUGCGAAUCCUGAUGCUCGGACUGGACGCGGCGGGAAAAACAACUAUACUCUACAAGCUAAAAUUAGGUCAAUCGGUAACCACAAUUCCAACGGUCGGGUUCAACGUCGAAACCGUAACGUAUAAGAACGUCAAAUUCAACGUGUGGGACGUUGGAGGGCAGGACAAAAUUAGACCCCUAUGGAGGCACUACUAUACUGGUACGCAAGGAUUAAUUUUCGUAAUAGAUUGCGCGGAUCGCGAUCGGAUAGACGAAGCGCGGCAGGAACUGCACCGGAUAAUAAACGAUCGUGAGAUGCGGGACGCAAUCAUAUUGAUAUUUGCGAACAAGCAGGACCUACCAGAAGCAAUGAAACCUCACGAAAUCCAGGAAAAACUAGGGCUGACGAGGAUACGCGACCGGAACUGGUACGUGCAACCCUCCUGUGCCACCACCGGCGACGGUCUGUACGAAGGUCUGACGUGGCUCACCUCCAACCACAAGUUAUGAGAGUAAUUGUAAACACCACCAUUAGCCCAACCGCAGUCGAAGGGGAAAACACACGAUACACAUUAAACACGUAGAUACACACGCUGGCGGGCACACCCGUAAAAGAGCAUCCGCAUAUUUAAAUAUAUACGAAAGGUAGGUUGCAUAUCCUUUCGCGCCUCCCUUUGCAGGCUCCUCCGUUGAUAAACACCGGCCGAGCGUGUUCAACAAUAUCCAAUCAUAAUAAGUAGAUCAAAAUAGUGCUAGCGGGAAGAAAAUGCAUAAGAGUAGGAAGAAAGUGUGGAGAGUACAAAAUGCGCUCAUCAAACGUGCUCGGAAAGCAGUGGCGGAUGAAUGGAAAGAGUCUGAAAGCGAAGCUUUCCGUUCUCCGGUGGGUGAGGGUCUCACUUUUCUGUGUGCAUAGUGUAACGUUAUGCCUAAUGCGUGUGUAUGAUCGAGUGCAGAGGAUCAUAUGGAAGUAUAGAGAGUUUAGAAAUUAUCUCAUUCUAUAAUCUGUCAAAUUGGCAAAUAAGAAUGGGCAGCCGGAUGUGGCGGGCGAAUGCGAUCGAAGUGCAGUCGCGAAUGAAAAAAAGAAAAGAAAUAGGGGACGUCAAAUUAAACAGCGUCCUGACAGCGACCAAUCGCAUACCGAAAUAUUGCUAUGUCUAUAAAUAUAUACAUAUUUAUAGAUAUAUACAUAAACGAAUGUAUGUAUUUAUGAAUAAAGGUAGUAUAUAAUUCUUGUUGGGACAUUUCCAUCUUGUUAAGGCUUGGAAAUAGAUGUGCGUGAAGCGCAGACGGUAAGGGUGUACGGCAGGAAAUAACCCCGGAACACCGAUGCGGGGUUGAAGAACGUUGACAAAGUUAAGAAAAACAACACAACAAAACCGUUGCCCUUACGUAGUGAUUACUAUUUGCUCUUUCGAUAAACAAAUACAUAUUGAACCGUCUUUUCUGCCCGUUGCUGCCUAUCCGUAGUAGAUUCUUCAAUUGGUCAUCUCGCAACAUGGAAUGUAUUGUUUCGUUUUGUAAAGUGCAAUGCUGUUUAUCUUCUGGACUUAGGAAUGUUAAAAUGAUGAGGGCUUACAUACUCUACCCACCCCCAUUCCCACAGGGACAAUAGGAAAAAGCAAGCUCAAUGGAAACUCCCUCGAUUGAUCCUCCUCUCUGUAGCCUCUCUUCCCUGGGGAAUCGUUCUUCAAAGCGUUUCAGAGAACAAACCAUUCCGGUGGCCGUACGAAAUAGACGUAGACUGAUGCAAAAUCUGCUAGUGAAACAGCCCUUAGUAGCCCUCAGAACAGUAGUUAACACACAACUGGAUUAGCUUUCUCCCGAAUCGCUGCUGAAAAUUCUAAUAACGUGAUUGCUUUGAGAUGGGGCUAUGAAGACGAACCUUAAAUAAUAUCUUUAUCGCGGAAAUCACAACACAAAAUACAAACGAAUUAAUGUUAUGUGACAUUUGUCGGAAGGUCUAUGGUGACAAUAGGUGAUAUCGAGAAGAUAAGCGGCCAGGAAUGCACCUUUGAAGUUAAAUAUUGCACUUUCGAAAUCAAACAUGAAUUAAUAACAUCUUAGAGAACCGUAAGAGAAUGGGACAACGGGAACGCAAUGAAGAAUGACGAUGUGGAAACGAGAUGUGUCAGGUGGAGGGAAGCCUCGAUAGUCCCUUUUUCUGUUCAACGAUCGUUCACGCUGUACAUACAUACUGAAAGUAAAUGGUAUGCGUUAGUGAACCGUUAUAGAAACUCUCCAGCCACUCUUAUUCUUGGAGCAAAAGAAAAACAGCUUAUCAAAACCUUGCGCCAUGUUUCAAUAAACAAAAAGAAAAACAAAGGGUGCGCCUUGCAAUACCACCACGAACAGAAAAUUAAGUAAAAUCGCCAGAUUUUAGAACGUUCCACGGCUGUAUGCGAAAGGAAGCACUGCAAUCAUCAUCCGGGUUUCUGCUGUAGCAUCUCCGAUAUCGAUUGUAAGUUUCGAGCAAAUUUCAUAAUCUGUGGAAAGCUACAAAAAAGGAAACCUCUAAAAUCAAUUGGAACAACAAAGCUUAGCGCAACCGAAGUAUGGUGGAGAAUGGUAAAGAAAUUAAAACAAAUAACACUGUAGCAAGAUUUUCGCAUUACAUAUACAUAUAGAUUCGGCGUGAUUGGCAGGAGUAGGUUUUUUUUCUGUCUGCCUGCGAAAUGAGAACGUUGUACAUAUUAUUGUAUGGUAAAAGAGAAAUUAAAAAGAAAAAAACAAAGCAACUAAUUGAUACUAUGUAAGAAUAAUGAAAUAAACGAAUGGGAAAACAGCU